AUGGAUGAGUUGGACGACCCUGCUAUGAUCCUCUCCCAGGUAGCAGCUUGUUUUGGGAACGUGGGGGUGACAUGGAGUCUCUUUGACGGCCCCCCUAAGACAAUUUAUGACUACAGAGGCACCGUCAUUCACUACAUACCUAGCGAGGCUGAGAAUAAGCUGAUGAUACGUGAAAAUUUCGAGGCAGCCUGCCGACAGCUACUCAGCCAAGGCAUUAUAACCCCGACACCAGAUGGGGGACACUGUGUACAUGCUUCUUUCCAUAAAGAUAUCCUCACCCGAAUGACUCUAUCCGUCCUCGAAUCUCGAUAUGCUUGGGCAACAAGCUUGAUUUACAACAAGACGCCACAACAGAAGGAUGGACACUCGAUUAUCCUGCAGUGGCCCAACGCGCAGCAGUGGUUGCCCUCCAUGACUUCCCUUCUCGACCAGGCUGCAGAGGAAUUUCAGACAAUGAACAGCAAGACGCUCUUCCUGUUAGCCGAAUGUGGGAGGAAUUGGUCCGUUAUGCUAUCGGAACAAGGAAAUUACGUGGACGCCGAAGUGAUACAGCGCCAGGCUUUCAUGAUAAACAAUCGCCUGGUCUUCGAUGCUCGACUCAGGUAUGAGCAGCAAGAUCGGUCUGUGUAUCCGAAAACCACGGUCAUCGAUUAUUCCACGCUGCUCCUCUUGCAUGCUGAUCUAUACAGUAUCUUGGGAACCAUUUCCAUCGAGCAGAAUCUCGGACUGUUGGCCAUCUCAAGGAUGGAAAAGGUACGGAAGCUUAGAACAGAAGCCUUGGAGAUUCAAACACACGGCAACCUCAAGUACAUCGAACUGCAGAAAGAGCAUAUCAACAUGGCCGUACACAACGUGGCUGCCUCUUAUAUCAUUGCGGACAAGCCAAGACAAGCAUUGAGUUUACUGAAUGACUUGCAACAGAAAUUCAAGGAACAGUUUAGGCCACGAUGGCGCGGCAACCAAGCUCUCAGUCUCUUCCAGCUCAACAGACUUCAAGAGGCAAAUGAGCUCAUCGACAUGGCUUUGGCCUCGAAUGCUUCCCCAUGGGAGAUGGCUCGGUUCCAUUUCACGAAAGCCAACAUCCUUCUACAUUUACCUCUUCCUGACAUCGAAUUGGCUGAGGAAGCCCUGAACGACUGCCUGGCUCUGAGACUCCAGAUUAUACCGAACCACCCUCUCACCGGCCUCACAUAUCACAAGUUAGGGAAGCUCUACCAAGAUCAGAAGAGACUUUCGGAAGCUAGUGUCGCCUUUUCAAAAGCCGUAAACCUCCUCCGUCCAGCAUGCACAGAGUGUAUGGCAAACACCGCAACACCUACAAGUACUCGCAAUACAUCUACACCCAGCUUCGAAUCAACAAUCACCACGUCAGCCUUGGCAAUAGGAGAAAACAUAUCCAGAACGUCCCAGUUCAAGACAUCCCUCCCAGUCACAUUCCUAAUCCGAUCUCUAUGGGCAUAUUCGCGAGCUUUGUACUUGCAGAAUCGUGGCCAGGAAGCUGGUAAAUAUCAAGAUGAGGCCUACGAUUUAAUCAACAGUAACGCCGUUCUUCGACCACAAUAA